AUGGAAGAAGGUGUUUGUGUUAAAAAUGAAGAAAAAAAUAUCGAUAUCAAACAAGAGAGCAUGGAAACCAUUAAAUUUGAAUUUGAUUCUGGUAGUGAAGAUAGUAGCAAAGGUGGCAGCGGUGGAUAUCAACGGUGGGCGCCCAAUUUGAAUGGAGUCAGAAAGAGUGCAUUUACGCCGUACAAAUCAGUACAGUGUACUGCGCUCACCAAUUUACAGAGAGGUAACACGCAGGCGCGAGUUCCGGAGCUGCCUCAGCCCGAUUGUAGCUUUCACGCGAAGGCUGGCCGCGGCGAGAUAUCCCGCGAGGACGUGAAGCUGGAGCAAUAUGUCGAUACCACGGACGAGCAUGGCCUCACCGCCCUGCACUGGGCCGCUAGCUAUGGACAAUUAAAUAGUUGCCAGGACCUUGUUUGGUGUGGUGCUAAUGUUAACAUGCGGGGCCCUGAAGGUGAGACAGCAUUACAUCUGGCGGCGGCUGGUGGACAUCAUGAGGUUGUCAAAUUUCUCUUGAGUGAAGGAGCUGAUGCUGACAUACAGGAUGAUUCUGGUAGCACAGCUCUAAUGUACGCAGCCGCUGCUGAUUUCCCUUACACCUGCAAUGAACUCCUCAUCCACGGAGCUGACCUCACCCUAACCAAUGACUAUGAUCAAGAUGCUUAUACUUUAACUACUACAAAUAAUUGCAAAUUAGCACAAACUGUGAUAGAAAACUUCUUGAUUGGCUGCCUCAGCAAAGUUUAA